UGCCACUUGUCUCCUCUGACAAUUAACCAGCAAAAACCUCAGAUCGAUCACCAUCCACGCGCAUUUCAACUUUCAACUCGCCCCAUAUCACAUGCGUUUUUGUCAGACACCAACCAACCCCUAGCUUAACAAGCUGCUGCUUCACCAUUGGUGAGUAGUGUUCGAUCUCUUGUUAAUUUGUUUAUAAAAACCGCGCGCGCCACAGACGCACGCACGCAGGGAUCGAUGGCGCCCAGCUUCGCACGCUCCAUCUCCUUCCCGCUCAGCCCUUCCAGGUCGUCGUCCAAGCACAGCUCUCCACCCGCAACGCCGGGUUACCAUGCUCGAUCCAUCAGCCUCCCAUGCCGCUCCCACCCAAUCCUCGCCCACCUCCACACCCACAUCCGCGCCGUCCGCUCCUGGGCGCACGACCCCACCUCCGUCGCCUCCGGCCUCGCCCACCUCGACGCGCUCCACGCCGCCCUCGGUGAGCUCCUCGACCUCCCCGAGGCCCAGGCCGCCCUCUCCGCCGCCAACGACCGCCUCCUCGACGCCUUCCUCCGCCUCGCCGACGCCCACGGCAGCUUCCAGGAGACCGUCGUCGCGCUCAAGCAGGACGUCGCCGAGGCCCUGGCCGCCAUCCGCCGCCGCGACGGCGCGCGCCUCGCCUCCGCGGUGCGCUCGCAGCGCAAGGCCGGGAAGGAGCUCGCCCGCCUCGCCGCCGCCGCGAGGGACGGCGCCAGGCCGUCGCGCCUCGGGCUCGGCGGGAGCGCGGCGGAGGUGGAGGUGACCGGCCUGCUGAUGGAGUCGGCCGCGGUCACCGCCGCCGCGUCCGCGACGCUUUUCAACACCGUGGCGUCCAUGUCGGCGUCGGCUUCGGCGGCGGCGUGCUCUUGCCGGAAGACGGCGGCGUUGGUGUGCCUGAUCAAGAAGACGUCGGCGUCGUCGGAGGAGGAGAAGGAGACGAUGGCGCUGGUGGAGAGGCUGGAGGAGCUGGAGGAGUGCAUCGAUGAGCUCGACAACGGCAGCGACAAGGUGUUCAGGAGCCUUGUGCAGACCAGGGUUGCACUGCUCAACAUACACACCCACAUCUUCUAAUUCAUUUGCUACUAGUCGUCGCCGCCAUCGUCGCCGUCGAUCAAUCACACGGCGAGCCGCCUAGCUACCUAGUCGAUAUGAUCGUAGUCAAGUGCAAAGUGCUGUAAAUAUUCCAAAGUUUUUGUGCAGCUACGUAGUACAUGGAAAUGUGCUUCAUCGCUGUGUAUUGCACCUGCAUUCUGACACAUGUACUGUUUUUGCCCUGUAAAAAUGUGUGCGUUUUUACUCAGAAUUUUCCACGACAGCUCAUGCCGGCUAAUUAUAGCUCAGUAAGUUGUUGAGAUGUUCACUUAA